CCCCUUCUUCAAAAUUCUUCUCAAAAUCCCUCUUCUUCUCCUCCCUUCUCUCUCUGCGUCUAACCCUCGCGCCCUCUUCAAACCCUAACCCUAACCCUAACCUGCACCUUCCGAGCCGAAAAGAAAAACCCUAACCCUAGGGUUUUGAUUCCAUGGCCUCUCAGACGGUUGUCCCUAAUCUCUACGAGACGGCGUCUCAGCCUGACACCGGAGGAGACGCCUACACCUUCCUCGAAUUCAAUACGCAGGGCGACGACUUUGACUACCCAGAAUUCCGGGAGCUCUCCCAGCCGAUCAGGUCCUCCGUCUGGCCCACGGCCCCAGAUGUCGUCCCCGACCCCGCCGACUGUGCUGCCGAUCUGCAGGCCGAUGCGGGCCCUAUAUCCUCUGCUCCGGGCAGUGCAUCCAAGGGCCGCAGCGGCGGAGGCAGCGGAAGCAGCAGCAGCAACCAGGCUGCGGUGGAUGCCCUAGCAGCCGGGGUGGGCAGUUUGAACUUCGAGGAGACGGGCGAGGACGAGAACUUCGAGUACGGGAAGGGUGAUUUCACGGAGCAUGCAUGCCGGUACUGUGGCGUGCAGAACCCAGCGUGCGUCGUGAGGUGCAACGUGCCAUCAUGCCGCAAGUGGUUUUGCAACUCGCGGGGGAACACAUCAGGCUCGCACAUUGUCAACCACCUGGUUCGAGCAAAACAUAAGGAAGUCUGUCUUCAUAAAGACAGCCCGUUGGGAGAAACGAUUCUUGAAUGUUAUAACUGUGGCUGCCGAAAUGUCUUCCUUCUUGGUUUUAUUUCUGCCAAGACAGAGAGUGUCGUUGUUCUUUUGUGUAGGGAGCCCUGUUUGAGUGUCAACGCACUGAAGGAUAUGAAUUGGGACCUGAGUCAAUGGUGUCCUCUCAUCGAUGAUAGGUGUUUCUUGCAGUGGCUUGUUAAGAUCCCGUCUGAACAGGAGCAGUUGAGAGCACGCCAAAUCAGUGCACAACAAAUAAAUAAGGUAGAGGAGCUAUGGAAGACGAAUCCUGAUGCUUCUUUGGAAGAUCUUAAGAAGCCCGGAGUAGAUGAAGAACCUCAGCCUGUGGCAUUGAAGUAUGAAGAUGCAUAUCAGUAUCAAAAUGUAUUCGCCCCACUCAUUAAGCUUGAAGCCGACUAUGAUAAGAUGAUGAAAGAGUCUCAAAGUAAGGACAAUGUGACAAUACGAUGGGAUAUCGGUCUUAACAAGAAGCGCAUUGCAUACUUUGUCUUUCCUAAGGAAGAUAAUGAGUUACGGCUUGUACCGGGAGAUGAGUUGCGGCUUCGGUAUUCUGGGGAUGCAGCUCAUCCUGCAUGGCAGUCUGUGGGGCAUGUGAUCAAGCUAACUGCGCAAGAGGAGGUUGCACUCGAACUUCGUGCCAGUCAGGGUGUUCCUGUUGAUGUGAACCAUGGCUUUAGUGUUGACUUUGUUUGGAAGAGUACAAGCUUUGAUCGAAUGCAGGGAGCAAUGAAGACAUUUGCAGUAGAUGAAACAAGUGUUAGUGGGUACAUAUACCAUCACUUGUUGGGUCAUGAAGUUGAGGUCCAGGUGGUCCGUAAUACGCUACCUCGCCGCUUUGGUGCCCCAGGCCUUCCAGAACUAAAUGCAUCUCAAGUUUUUGCUGUAAAGAGUGUCCUUCAGAAGCCAAUCAGUUUAAUACAGGGCCCUCCUGGAACAGGGAAAACUGUCACUUCAGCAGCCAUUGUGUAUCAUAUGGCCAAACAAGGCCAAGGGCAGGUUCUGGUUUGUGCCCCAAGUAAUGUGGCAGUUGAUCAACUUGCUGAGAAGAUAAGCUCAACUGGGUUAAAGGUUGUCAGGCUCUGUGCCAAAUCAAGGGAAGCUGUGAGCUCUCCUGUCGAGCAUCUGACAUUGCAUUACCAGGUCCGACAUCUUGAUACGUCUGAAAAGAGUGAACUUCACAAGCUUCAGCAACUAAAAGAUGAACAAGGAGAGUUGUCAAGCAGUGACGAAAAGAAGUAUAAAGCAUUGAAACGGGCAACUGAGAGGGAGAUAUCUCAGAGUGCUGAUGUCAUUUGUUGCACAUGUGUUGGUGCUGGAGAUCCUAGAUUGGCAAAUUUUAGGUUUCGCCAGGUUCUUAUCGAUGAGUCUACACAGGCAACGGAACCAGAGUGCCUUAUUCCUUUGGUUCUUGGUGUGAAACAGGUUGUUCUUGUUGGAGACCAUUGCCAGCUUGGUCCAGUCAUUAUGUGCAAGAAAGCGGCCCGAGCUGGUCUUGCCCAAUCUCUUUUUGAGCGUCUCGUCCUUCUUGGCGUGAAACCAUUUCGGUUGCAGGUUCAAUAUCGCAUGCAUCCUUCCUUGUCAGAGUUUCCUUCUAACAGCUUCUACGAAGGUACACUUCAGAAUGGAGUGACCAUCAAUGAAAGGCAAUCUUCUGGCAUUGACUUUCCUUGGCCUGUACCAAAUCGCCCAAUGUUCUUUUAUGUCCAGAUGGGACAAGAAGAGAUAAGUGCAAGUGGAACAUCCUAUCUAAAUAGGACUGAAGCUGCUAAUGUGGAAAAGAUUGUAACUACAUUCUUGAGGAGUGGGGUCAUACCUAGUCAGAUUGGAGUUAUAACACCAUAUGAAGGUCAAAGGGCUUAUAUUGUAAAUUAUAUGUCAAGAAAUGGUGCUCUCAGACAACAACUUUACAAGGAAAUUGAGGUUGCAAGUGUCGAUUCUUUCCAGGGAAGAGAGAAAGAUUACAUUAUUCUUUCUUGUGUUCGGAGCAAUGAGCAUCAGGGCAUUGGGUUCCUUAAUGAUCCACGUAGGCUGAAUGUUGCACUGACCCGAGCUCGUUAUGGCAUCGUUAUCUUGGGGAAUCCCAAGGUCUUAAGCAAACAGCCAUUAUGGAACAGCUUAUUGACACACUACAAGGAGCAUGAGUGUUUGGUGGAAGGACCUCUGAAUAACUUGAAACAGAGCAUGGUUCAGUUUCAGAAGCCAAAGAAGAUCUACAAUGACCGCAGACUUUUCUUUGGUGGUGGGCCCGGGCUUGUGCCUAAUGAAAAUUUCGGGUCUGUCAGUUCCUCGAGUCCAAAUGCUGAUAAAAGAAGCAACCGCAGUAAAGGUCAGUCCUACAUGCAAUUUGGGCCACCCAAUGGUACCCACAAGCCUGGUGUUCAUCCUGCAGGAUUUCCUGUGUCACGGAUCCCUCUUCCACCUUUUCCUGGAGGUCCCCAUUCUCAACCAUAUGCAAUUCCGACUCGUGGAGCCAUUCAUGGUCCCAUUGGAGCUGUUCCUCAGGUUCCUCAGGCUGGAACUAGGGGUUUUGGAGCUGGCCGUGGCAAUGCUGGUGGUCCUAUUGGCGGUCACCUAUCACAUCAACAAGGUUCACAGCAAUCUCUAGGGAGCAUUGGGUCUGCUUUCAACUUUCCUGCUCUGGACAACCCAAACAGUCAGCCAUCUGUGGGGGGGCCGUUAUCUCAAACUGGACUAAUGACUCAGAUGCCAGUUCAAGGAUUAAGCCAGACAUUUCGUGAUGGAUUUUCCAUUGGGGGCAUGUCUCAGGAUUUCUUGGGUGAUGACUUCAAAAGCCAGGGAUCACAUGUUGCAUAUAACGUUGCAGAUUUCUCCACACAGGUUUUAUUAGAGUGCUGCUUUGUUGUGCAGGCUUCUCAAAGUGGAUAUGGUGUUGAUUAUGUUGCACAUGGAACACAACCUGGGUUCCCGGGAAGUUUCCUAAACCAAAAUUCCCAGGGAGGAUAUUCCCAUUUGGGUGCUGGAAAUGACUUCAUUUCUCAGGACUACAUGGCUCAUGGAUCCCAGGGUCUCUUUACCCAAGCAGGUUUCAACGAUCCAUCACAUGAUGAUUCUUCACAGACCCACUUUGGUGUGGCUGGACCCAACCCUCUUCAUUCGCAGGGCCUCAUGAAUCCUCUCUACUCGCAGCCCUUUACACAGUAUAAUACUCAGCCAAUGAACCUGCAGGCUCCGCAGCAGCAGCAGCAGCAGCCUGGCCAGAGCUUACAAAACCAAAAACUCCACUACAACGGCUGAGCCGUUUAGGGCCUGACCGUGUGAUGGGUUAUACUCUUUGGAUCCAGCAACUUGGUUGUGCUGACGCGUGUGCCUCUCUGCACUUGUGUGCUUUAGAGAUUGCUGUUUUGUGGCUGUUUGCUUCUCUCAACAAUUAUGAAAUGGUGGAUAUAUUAGAUGGUUGGAGACGGCAAAUGGUAAACGGGUCUCUGUGCUUUCACGGGUCGCAGCAGCCAGAGCUGAGAAAGGAUAACCCCGGUUCUGUUCUUGUUGAAGUUUUCAGUUGUUGAGAGAGAGAGAGAGGUAGCCAUUCAAAGGAGGGAGCAUCGUGUGUAUGUUCAAAGGAGUACGGGUCAAGCGCUCGUGCAUGUAAAAAGAAAUGGGCUCCUGCUGCUGAUAUAGAUAAAAUACAAAUGCGGAAAAUUGUGGGUUGAUUCUCUUCACUGAAAUGGGAGCUGUUGCAUGCCACGGCCACCUUCCAAGAUCCCCACACAUCGGGAACGAAACAGCCACAACUGUAAUUUUUGUACAGCAGCACGACCCUUUUGGCUCUUUCAACAUGCUGUGCUGUUUGAUUUGACUCCCUCGUGAAUGUGUUGGAAUUGCAUGAUUUAUUAUCAGGGCAGCUACUGUUCCUGCACCUUCUUAUUACUAUAGACCUUUUAGUGAAAGAAGCUUGUGGUAAGAUAUGAAUGCCUGAGUUCUACAGAAAAAAAAAAAAAAAAAAGUUGCGUCCUUUUUGCC